CUACGCGCGACUCGGAUCGGUACAGUGGUACUGAGUACCUACGAACCUCUGCCGCUGCCACCAUCUGCUACCGCGGCUUGUCUUGUGGACGGACCCCCUUGUUUGAAAAUGCAUCUGUAUCGCUCUACGGAUGUAUGUAGACAGCAUCGCGGCUGCCAGGGAGGCGCAGGUUAUGUGAACUCUAUUGCACCGCUCGGAAUGGUUCUCACCAGCUUGCGUGCGCGUCACCUUCCGCGCUGCUGAACAUGCGCUGAGGGUUCCUAUUCGUAAGUAUACCAGCGUGCACAACCGCGCAUAGUCAGCUUGACCACCAUCCGGGAGUGACAUGACAUCAAAUCCAAGCUCUGCUACAGCCUCGGCCGUCACGAAACCCGGUAACAAUACCCACGAUGGCGCAGAUACGGAAAAGGAAAAGGGUGUGCAGGUUGUUGACUGGGACGGGCCGAACGACCCAGAGAACCCGAAGAAUUGGAGUUUCUCGCGGAAGUGGGCAGCGACGGCCAUUGUAUCCGCCUUUGCUUUCAACAGUCCAGUCUCGUCGUCCAUGAUUGCCCCGGCGAGCUAUCAAAUCGCUUCGCUAUUCGGGAUAACGAACUCUACCGUGCUUGCCUUGAUCACCUCUGUAUUCAUUCUGGCAUAUGCAUUCGGGCCGCUGAUCUUCGGUCCGUUGAGCGAGAUCUAUGGUCGCUCUGUAGUUCUGCAAUUCGCAAACGUAUGGUACCUAGCGUGGAACCUUGGUUGUGGCUUCGCUCAGACCGAAGGACAGCUCAUCGCCUUCCGUUUCCUCGCCGGUUCUGGUGGAAGCGCAGCACUCACGAUUGGCGGAGGCGUUCUGGGUGACUGUUGGAGGCCCGAAGAACGCGGGCAAGCUAUCGCGGUGUACUCUCUAGCACCGCUGCUCGGACCCGUCAUCGGGCCUGUCUGUGGCGCGUGGAUAGCACAGAAGACUACGUGUAGAUGGGUGUUUUGGUCAUCAAGCAUCGUGAACGGGGUCAUCAUGGUCCUGGGGGUAUUCCUUUUACGAGAAACGUAUGCACCGGUCCUGCUGGGGCGGAAGGCCAAACGCAUUCGCGCAGCAAUGGACCCCGAGACCGCACGGAUGCAACAAGUACGAACUGUAUUCGACACCGCCGAUCGACAUUGGAAGCAAAUCUUCGCCAAAGCGCUUAUCCGACCAUUUGCACUGUUCUUCAGGGAGCCUAUCAUCCAGUUGCUCGCUAUCUACAUGGCCUACAUCUACGGCAUCAUGUACUUGUUCCUGACAACCAUUGACAGUAUCUUCGAGGACGUCUACGGAGAGUCCGUCGGGAUCGCAGGCCUCAACUACUUCGCGCUCGGCAUCGGCCUCAUCGGUGCUUCGCAGAUCAACGCGCGUAUCGUGGACAAAGCGUACAAGCACUUGCAGAAGAAGAACGGCGGGGCUGGGAGGCCCGAGUACCGACUGCCGACAAUGAUGCCCGCGUCGAUCGUCUUGCCUAUCGGGCUAUUUAUCACAGGAUGGACGGCGGCGGCACAUACGCACUGGAUAGGGCCUGAUAUUGGUAUCGCACUGGUGGGGGCCGGUAUUAUCAUCAACUACCAGUGCAUCCAGAUGUAUCUCAUAGACGCGUUCACUCUCUAUGCCGCCUCAGCUGCGACGUUCCUACGUUCCUGCGCAGGCUUCGGCUUCCCGCUGUUUGCGCCUGCAAUGUAUCGUACCCUAGGGUAUGGCAAGGGUGAUACUAUCCUCGCUUGCGCUGCCAUUGUAGUUGGAUGUCCUGCACCCUAUUUAUUCUGGCUGUAUGGGGAACGCAUACGGAAGGCUAGCCGACAUGCGCGUAAAUGAUCGUUCUCUCUGUAGUUGAGAAUCAUCAGAAUAUGCGGCGCCGCGUAUGUAUGUAUGCUGCCGCGAUGGAGCAGGUAUCUGGUCAUCGCGAACAGCGUGCGACGAAGCUGAGC